UUAGAGCUGGUACAUUGUAGCUAACGAAUGUAUAUACAAUUGAUUUGUGGAUGUAACGUAUCAAUGUAAACACAUUGUCUAACAAUAAAGUAUUUACAAUUACAAUGUGCUUCUAGGAUAAACAUUCUAGAGGAAAUAUGGCGAGUGCACAUAUUUCUGCGGACGAGAAGUCAGAUUCCAGCACACUGACACGAGACAAACUCUAUGUGAAUCCUCCCCAUCUAGAAGCUCGAUAUCCUGGUACACCACGUGUCAGUCUCACGUGUUAUCAUGGAUCACCACGUGUUAGUACUAGUUAUCUUCACAAUACGUCCAUUCCAAGUUUGGACGCCUUAAGUCUCAACAAGAAUCGGCGGCGAAGCACUAUACAUUCAUACAACCUUGUUAAUUACUACGCUCUACCUCAAGACUCGUCAACCAAUAGAAACAUUAGACAAAUGACUGAGCGAAAAGCUCUGAAAAAUGUCAUAGUUCUUGGACUAUCAUUCAUGUUUGUUCAUACCGCAUUUGUGUCUUUAUUGAGUUUACAAAGUGUUAUGAACCCUGAAGGAGGUAUAGGUGUUGUUUCCAUCAGUUGUAUUUACGCAACAACAGUUAUUUCAUGUCUAUUGGCGCCAUUAUUGAUAAACACCAUUUCAUCAAAAUGGACUAUGAUAGCCGCAUUUAUAUUAUUCACUGGCUAUUUUGCCGGAAACUUUUACCCCAAACAGUUCAUGCUGAUACCUCUAGGAUUGAUAUUAGGCAUGCUUGGAGGGCCACUAAUGGCAGCACAGAUGACAUACGUGACAACAGUUGCCCUCACAUAUGCUCAUCAUGCGUUAAUAAUUGACCAGGAAACUGUUGUUAACAAAUAUAUGGGCAUAUUUUGUGCGUUUUAUAGAAGUAGUUAUAUAUGGGGAAACCUCAUUACAACUUUAGUAUUAUCCAAUAAUCAAACAUUGCGCUUUGACGAUCACGAUACAUUUGACCCAUCAGGGAACUUGACGGUUUCGUUUCCGGAACAAGAAAAUGUUACUAUUUAUAGAACAUGCGGUGCUUCAUCGUGUCAAGUAAAUUCGAUGACGUGGCCAGUGGAAAACUACGAUAUUUCAAAUAAUCCGUAUAGAUACGAGACAGAAAUUCCAGAUAGUACAAAAUAUAUGCUGCUUAGUAUUUAUCUGGGCUGUGGGGUCAUGGCCGCUGUGAUUUUGAUGGCGCUUCUUGACAGGAAUGUUGGUUCUAAAAAAAUCAAUGCGGAUCUAAAAAUAACCACCAAAGAACUUUUCUUCUCAACCAUUCACAUGUUAAAAGACUCUAGAUGCCAACUACUUGUACCACUAGUUUUGUUCGUUGGUCUUGAACAAGGCUUCAUCUUUGGAGAUUUUACGCAGUCUUUUGUGAACUGCACAAUGGGAGUGUACAGUCUUGGACCAAUACUGAUGUGCUUUGGAGGAGUGAGUGCUCUAGCUUCUAUUGUAAUCAGUUGUAUUGCUAAACACAUUAAAAGAUUUGCAUUUAUAACUGCUGGUGCGACCUUCAAUGUCGGGCUCCUUAUUGUUCUCUGGUUAUGGAAACCAGUCCCGGAAGAUGUGCCAAAUUUCUUCGUAGUCGCAGCUUGCCUAGGACUCUGUGACGCAAUAUGGCAAACACAAACAUACACACUCUUCGGAAUUCUAUUUGUUGACAAACAAGAGGCAGCCUUUGCAUCAUACCGUAUGUUCUACGCUACCGGAUGUGCUAUAUCAUUCGGAUACAGCUUUUUUCUCUGCGUACAAACCAAAGUGUAUAUUCUUGCUGGCAUGUUAACACUGUCGUUGCUCAUGUACAGUGUGAUUGAAAUGAAGGUCCAGCUCCAGAGUCAACACAUAAAAGAUAUAGUUGCUUUUUGAAAAAAAGAAAGAUUAUAUAAUUUUAACUUUAAUCAUUAUGACAGAACCUGUUUUGCUUAAAUCUAUCUAAAAGCAAAACAACAUUUUUUUUUAUUUUACUGGUCCCUACUCCUUUCUGGAGAGUAUGGCCACGACACAAGCGUUUGGGAAAGUUAACGACCCUAUGAUAACAGUACAGCAUGGAAUAACCUUAUCAAAAUAUAUCAUUUGAUAUACAUUUUUACGCCAAAUGAAAUGUUUUAAUGAUAUAACACUAUGUCACAAUUGCUAAAUUAAAGGUAUAUAUUGUUUAGAAUGAUAAAACAUGAAGUAUGUUCAAUUAAUGCUACAUUAACAUGGAAAUAUUUACUUACUCUAUUAAUUACUUUUUUCAUUUAAUGUCGACUUAUUUGUUUUAAAAUAAAUCUCAGUAUUCGCAUCUUAUCACCACUUAGCCAUCUGGCUGCAACAUAUUCUAUAAUACUCCCUAAAAUGUUAAAUGGUUUGGUUCAGAGUGAAGGAUGAACAAGUUUAUUUAAGAUAUUUAGUGUUAUAAGGGUUAUUGAUGAAUAUGUAUUAAUCCGUUACUUUAAGCUUGAUCGUAUGUUGUCUGCAUACUUCUUAUCUGUUAUUUUGAUAUUGUUGUGUUUUGUUUAUCAUAGUUGUUAAGUCUUGACUAUUGAAUAUACUAAAUUAUAAUAAACUAUGUUUAAAUCA